UCAGUUCAGGCCAGUCUCGCUACUUGCCGGUAGCCUCAGAUCAUGACGACAGGCGUGGGUAGCCGGGGAUAUCAUUCAGGUACUUAUUAACCUCCUCGCAUGACCAUACCAUAGCAAUCUUAUUGCCACUUAUCAGAGCCCUUUCUCCGUACAAUGGCAGUAGCAGAGUUCCGUGCUUGACUCAUCUGACCCAUUUUUUGCCCCCCACUGCGGCAGUGAGACUCAUGCUGCAUGCAGUGCCCGUGAGCAUCGGUGCCUCUUCUUGUUCCACCCCCGACAAUCUACCAGGGUCUUGGCCCAAAAGUUCAGCCACGCGCCAGAACGUGAACUUGACAGCUUAUUAUUCUGCUGCAGGAGGCCUUUCAACAGUCACUCAGGUAUCAUGUCGGACGAUGCGCUUCUCCCCACGAGUCCAACCGACAGCGUACCGAAAUCUAACGGCCACUCGAACGGACCUUCUUCCGCGGGCGGGCCGACUCCGAAUCCCCGGUCGUGCGUAACCUGUCGUCGCCGCAAAGUCAAGUGCAACAAGAAGAACCCGUGCUCCAAUUGUGUGCGCGCAAAGAUCGAAUGCAUAUUUCCUGGGCCCGGUCGCGCGCCGCGAAAGAGUCGGAAGCCGGCAGAUGCCGAGCUGCUGGACCGCCUACGGCGCCUCGAGGGCGUUGUGUCGAGUCUCAAUGCGCAGGUCGAGGAACACGAGCAAGAGGCUGCAGGGCGAGAGCAGGAGAAACAGAGCAGCACGAGUGAGAAGGAAUGCCCUAUGCAGAGUCAGAGUCAGGUGGCCGUGGACAACAGUGUAGAGGGCCUGGAGAACCGCUUUGGCAGGCUGGUGGUGGAAAAGGGCAGGAGUCGGUACAUCAACAACAGCUUUUGGGCGAGUUUGAACAAUGAGGUCGAAGAUCUCAAAGCCAUCCUUAUCGAGCCGUCCGACGACGAGGAUGACGCUCAUUCGCCCGAAUCCUCGAACACCUCCUCACAACACCAAGGUUUCAUCUUUGGAUACAGCUCUACAAGCGUCGAUAUGCUGGCGCUUCACCCCCCAGAACAACAGGCGCGUCAGUUUUGGGAGACGUACAAAGAGAAUGUGGAUCCGCUGGUGAAGGUGCUACACAUACCCACCUCUGAGCCCACGUUCCUCAAGGCCGUAGCACAAGUAGACAAGGUCAGCAAAGGGCUAGAGCCGCUUCUAUUCGCCGUAUACUAUGGCGCAGUGACAAGUACAUGUGCUGAGGACUGUCGAGAAAGGUGGGGCGAGGACAGGAGUACGCUUCUCGGUAGGUAUCGCUUUGGCCUAGAACAGGCGCUCUCGAGAGCAAACUUCCUAUACUGCGACGAGGUCAUCAUUCUCCAAGCCUUUGUAAUAUUCCUGAUCCUACUUCGCCGAAACGACGAUGCGCGCAAGAUCUGGACACUCACUGGUCUUGUUGUACGCAUUGCUCAGACCCUUGGAAUUCACAGAGAUGGCAGUCACUUUGGCCUUCCUCCCUUUGAGAUCGAGAUGCGUAGGAGGCUUUGGUGGCAGGUUUGCAUCCUAGACGCGAGGUCGUCUGAGGACCAUGGCUGCGAUCCUACCAUUGUCGAAGCACAGUUCGACACCAAGAUGCCCCUCAACGUCAACGACACUGACCUACAGCCAAAAAUGACCAAACUUCCCGAAGAACGGCGAGGCUUCACGGACAUGACCUUUUGCCUCAUACGAUUCGAAGUCGCGAACAUCUUCCGUCGCAUUCUUUACGUCCCACCUGGGCCUAACAGGUGUACUGAGAUGUUUGCUGGGCUUUCAAUAGCAGACAAGGAGAAAUGGAUCGCCGAGUGCCAUGAACGCAUGGAAGACAGGUACCUCAAGAACUGUGACAUGUCUAUACCGAUAUGCUGGGUGACAGCUACACUUUCAAGGCUCGUCAUGAGCAAGAUGUGGCUGAUCGUGUACCAUCCACAUCAGCGCAAAGACGGAGGCGCAACGCUACCACAAGAAACAAAGGACAAACUUUUCAUUACCUCUCUUGAAAAUAUUGAAUAUUCGAUCUUACUUGAGACAGAAGCACGCACCAUGAAAUGGGGCUGGCUCUUCCGUACCUACGUCCAAUGGCACGCCAUUGCCUUUCUUCUCUCGGAGCUUUGCGUUCGAACCAAGGGCGAAGCGGUGGAGCGUGCUUGGAAUGCCCUCGAAGCAACCGCUGGCCGUUGGUGGUUUCCUCUGAACGACGGUUCCCCUUAUCGCAAGGGUCAGCAAGGUUGUCUAUGGUUGCCGUUGAGGAAGCUUCUUGUAAAAGCAAAGGCGGCAAGGGAGAAAGAGUUGGCGCUUGAGCGAGCCAGUCAGGCCCUUCAAAACGAUCCGUUCGCCUACAACUACCCGCAUGGAUUCCCUCCAUCGAUAGAUCAGCCAAGCUCACAGAACCUGGAUAGAUUGCUUAGACCGUCUGCGCCCAAGUUGGGUGAGACACCAGUUGCUUUGCAGCCUAGUUGGCCUAACAGCCCGUCUAUGGCUAAUGCAGAACGCAUUCUCUUCACGCCUGUUAGCGACGGUUCUGGCACUAGCAAGCAACAAAAGGUGCCUAGACAUGACUUCACUAAUUCUAAGGGCAACAGUAACAGUCCGGGGCAAGAGUUCCAUGAGCUCUCCAGCUUUGGUCUCGACAACGUCCUGCUUGAUGUCAUGGACGAUAUGACUUUCGACGGGACAUCUAUCAAUAGCUACCCUAACUUCGAUCCAGCUACAAAUCGCCAUGACGUAACAGACGCGGUGCAAACCAAUCAGCCCCUCACGACCAUUGCCCCUCAUGCUCAGUCCCAGAAUGGUACUUCGGGCACUGCUGGCGGCGUACUACACCCAACAUUCGGUGACAACAUGUUUUCAAACCCUGAAAUGGACUUUACCACAAUACCAGCUACGCUUAACAACAACGGCCAACAGACAGACUCCCCGCUUCUUGAUGGCGGAAACAUGGAUUGGACGCUCUGGGACGACAUGGUGAACCAGUAUGGGCUUGAUGGCCAACCAAAUAAUCAGGCGAAUCCGCCGAAUCCAAACGGGUCAGGGCAUCUGGGGAUCAUGCGUUGGUUUUGAGGACCGGAGCAUGUGAGGAAUACCUUUGGGGAUGGAGCGUCAUCUUACAGCGUUAGUUUGACAUAAGUAUGAAUUUACGACGGUAGUUUCCGGCGCUUUGGGAUACCUCAACUCUGCCCUACGGAUAGCGGUGUUUAUACCCCUGAUCAUGAUACGAUCUGUACUGUACAUAUGUAGCAUAACAAAGUUCAUCUGUUUUCGUCAAGAUCGCGGGCCUCUCGGCAGAGGUUGGUGAUGAUGUUUGCCCAGCCAGGAUGCCGCGCCUCGUCGUCGGAACCGC